CUCACGUAGCUACACGGCGCGCUGGAACGACUGUCUUCGCCGCGAGUGCAGCCUCAACGAACGCGGGAUCAAGAAGAGGCCGCAGCGUGGCGCCGGGAAAGGCGUUGGUGUCGCUGGACUGCAACGGCGGCGGAGGAACGCCCUGCAGGUGGCCUGCGAAGAACCGGCGCAGUGGACCAGGUUACUGGGCACGAGGAGCUUCAGCGGCCGGUAGACAGGAGGUACAGUGUGUCGGAGUGGUCGGCAUUAAACACUCAGGAAGCUCUGAAAGUGGCUGACAAGUAUGCAACAGAUAAAGUGAACGCAUGUGCAUUAUGGAACACGUGUUUUAGUGUGGAGCAAAAUCAAGGAGAGAGUGCCCUAAAAUUCUUUAGAAGAGUUCAAAGUGAGGUGUCGAAGUGUGAUUUCCAGUGUCCAAGUUGCUUAUGUGAUUUAAAGGCGUACAUAUUAGUGAGAAAACUGUUGUCUGGCAUUAGUGAGUGUCUACUGAAAAGAGAGUUGUAUGCGAGGUACAAGGAAUAUUUAGACGCGGACAAAUUGUGGGGAAAUGUGAAUCUUACGACAGUGCCGAGAGAGAGGUGCAGGCGUGGCGGCUGCAGCGGUUGAGGCAGAUGUGGAGGAGGAGGAAUGCGCCGUGCAAGACGUCUGUGCGUCGGGCGUCCUGGCGUCAGGGAGAGGACACAAGCGUCUCGCCUCUGGAGCGGCCCUGCGUGCGCUCGUUGUGACAGGAGGCAUAGGAUUCCGUGAUGAAAGCUGCAGUGGAGGACUACCAACGACUCAUAGCCAGAGUGAUGGCAGGUGACUGGCCAGCUAGCAAGUGCAAAGAGUUGACAGGGUUACAUCCAUACUACCAGGUGCUUUUGGAAGUCUUGCUCAACUGUGUCUCUGUGUGUGUCUUCAUUGUAGAAGAUCAUCUGUUUCAAGUCUUUGAGGUCUGCUUGCCCUUUGGAGAAAAUGCCUUCCAGGCUAUUGUCCUGGUCCUGAAUGU